AUGGCAGGAUUCGGUGAGAUGGUGGCCCAUGCUACGUCGGUCCUCACUAUGAAACCGUACAAUAAAAACAUUGUGCGGGCGUUGACUGAAAACUCGGAGAUAUUGACGAACAUACCAAGCGACUAUUUGAAUACUGAGGAGGAUAUGGCGAAGCUCAACCGUUUCGAGUCAAGUACGUUUCAAGAGGGCAAGGGCAUGACGGGAGUCCCAGGGUCUCAAGGCAAGGUGGUUGAGGAUGAUUCGUCUGAAGGUGGCAUAAACGAUUGCAAUGAUCACAUCAACAGGAAUCAGAUGGAUAUGUGCAAAUUUUAUGGGGCUGAUGACCCUGAAUACGAGAAGGUCCUCGGGGAGAUCAAGCGCCACCUUUCUCGUGUGCGAGGGCAGAUUGAUGAACAAAGCUAUAAUGUCCUUAUGAGCCUAGAGGAACAUGGCGUAUCUUCCAACCGAAGGAUGGAGCUCAGACAACUUCUAAUCAAGCUCCUUCCUCUUGCUCGCAGUGUAAUUUCCUUGGCGCGGAGGAAGAUGACAAAACGAUUUCCUGCAAACACUGUACCCUGCGACCAGAAUCAAGACAUUGAAGUAUACGAAUGGUCGAGACGGGACGUAGAAAGGGUUUGA